AUGUUCACUCUCGUCCGCGCCGUUCUUGCUUUCGCCCUCUUCGCCUCCUGGCUGCAGGCCGUCCUCGCCGCGCCCGCACCGUACGAGGUCCAGGGCAAGCGCGACGUAUUCGUCCCGCCUGUUCUGUACCCGCGCAGCGGCACGGUCUGGACCAAGGGCCAGCGCCACAACGUUACUUGGGACACCUCCAACGCCCCCACGCAAAUCACGAACAAGCAGGGCAUCGUCCAGCUCCGCAAAGGCGACACCGCGACCCCCCUCAUCCUCGCCGCGGACUUCGACAUCCUCCUCGGGCGGAUCGAGGUCACCGUGCCGUGGGUCGUGCCCGGCAGCGACUACAGCAUCGUCCUCUUCGGCGACUCGGGCAACUUCAGCCCGACGUUCACGAUCAACGGCCCGGACAUCUUCUAA